GAGGCGGGGAGAUGCGGAGAAAGGGCAGGGGAGAAGCAGCGAGCCGAGUAGGGGCGGGGCGCGAAGAGGCCGGGCGUGGAGCCCAUUGAGUCCAGAGUAUGGAAAGGGGUGGUGAGCAGAGGGGGUGAGACGAAAAGGUGAUAGCCCCGUCAUUGAGUGAAGAUAGGUGCAGGGCCACGAGAGAUCGAAAGGCAAAGUCUCUAAGGGACGGGGCGAGGCGUAGGCUCGGGAAGAGCAGCUGGUCCAGGUCCAGCGGGAAAAGAUCGCUGAUAAGGGGCAGGUCGAGGAACUGGGAGCAAAGGCAAAUCGGGAAGCAAGCUCUGGGUUCCAGCCACGCUGCGCGCUGCCCCGUGAUGAACCCUGCUGGCCCUUCGUGGCCGAGACUCCGAGUCCUGUGGGUGCUGUGGUCACUGAUGGCGGUGCUGUUGUCACCGUGGAGGCUGUGGGCUGUCGAGGAUAACCAGGAGUGCACCUGGCAGGUUGUCCUGAACAAGUUCGAGACGAUAGGCAAGAACCAUGGGAGUGACCGCUUCUUUGAGCAAGAACCCCUGGACACAGUGGACAAUUUGUUUGGUCUUCUGGUGGACGCGCCUAUCGACCCGGAGGAGAAAUACCUGGGCUUCCCUUACUACCUGAAGAUCAACUACUCCUGCAAAGGAGAGUCCUCCGAGGCUCUGGUCCGCAAGGGCCACCUGACGGGGCUGAAGCCUGUGGUGCUGGUCAUCUUCCAGUCCCCAGUUAACUUCAAUCGCUGGAAGUUAGAACAGCUGCAGAUCCAGAUGGAGGCAGCCCCUUUCCGCAGCAAAGAGCAGUGCAGUGCAGAGGAGGUGUGUAUCAUGAGCUGGUACACACCCAUGCCCGUCAAGAAUGGCAGUGUGGUCAUGCGUGUGGAUGUCAGCAGCAAUGGCCUCGGGCCCUUCAUCCCCAAUAAAAGGUUUCUGGUGAACAUCAAUGGCUUCUUGAAGAGACAGCAAGACAACAGACUCCAGUUCACUGUGGGAAAUGAGCUCUUCAAUCUGAUACCCCGGUACUUUGUGAAUGCCCCAUCGAGGCCCCUGUGGUAUACUGUGGACCAGACACCUGUGCUCAUCCUGGGUGGAAUUCCUGAGGAGAAGUCAGUUCUGCUGACUGACACCAGCUUUACGGACUUUUUUCUUGUGGAGUUGAGCAUUGACAGUUGCUGGGUAGGCUCCUUCUACUGCCCCCAGGGUAACUUCACCGCCACCAUCUACGAUGCCAUCGCCACAGAGAGCACACUUUUUAUUCGGCAGAACCAGCUCGUCUACUAUUUUACAGGCAACUAUACCAUACUCCACGAGAGCAACCAAGGCAGCGAGAGCUGGGUUCGUGUACUGCCCAACGAGUGCAUCAAGAAGCUGUGCCCCGUGCAUUUUCAUGGAAAUGGCUCCGAGUACAUCAUGGCCCUCACCAUUGGGAAGCACGAAGGUUAUGUCCACUUUGGGACUAUUACAGAUGGCCUUGUUUCCUUCCAGAUGCUGCCCAGGCAGCAGUCCGUGUGCAAAAGGAUACAAGUUGCCAUCUGCUCCAUAACCUGGGCUGUAUACACUGAGAUUAACUACAACCUACUGCUGCUGGUGGAGAUUGAAGACACUGCUGCCAGGAAGUAUUUCCAGAUGGUCGGCUACAACCUGGGUAAUUGGGGUACUAUGGGUGGGGGGCUUGAGCGCACAGCAGACAAUGGGAGGGAAAUGUUGCUCGUGUCACUCCUAGGUAAGGGGUGGUGGUGGCGAACAGGCUUGCUCAAAGCCUCAGGAGAUUUUGCUGUGUUCUCUUCACCUGCAGUCAAUGAUUACCUGUCCAUUCUCUACACCAUCCCGGAAUUCAUUCCUGAUGCUCGAGGCCUGGAGUUCCUGAUGAUCCUAGGGACAGAGUCUUACACCAGCUUCCCGAUGGUGCCCAAGGGCAUGUCCUACAACUCAUUUAAUAAUCUGCUGUUCAUCUGGGGUAACUUCCUCCUGCAGAGUUAUGACACUGAAAACUUCAUCUACCUGGCGGACUUCCCCAAGGAGCUAUCCAUCAAGUACAUGGUCAACUCGUUCCAUGGAGACAUAGCUAUUGUCACUGAGACUGAGGAGAUCUGGUACCUCGUGGAGGGCAGCUAUCACGUGUACAAGUUGUUCCCAUCCAAGGGCUGGAAUGUGUACAUCAGCCUCCAGGUGAUGCAGCAGUCCUCUCUCUAUGCUUCCCAUGAGACCAUGGUCACCCUCUUCUAUGAAGACAGCAAUCUGUACCAGCUGGUGUACCUUGUAAACAACCAGCAGGGCCAGCUCAUCAAGAGGCUUGUGCCUGUGGAGCAACUUCUGAUGCACCAGCAGCUCAGUGACCCCUACUCCUUGCAGCAGCAAAAGAGUCACCUGAAACUCUCCUUCACCAACUUCUGCCCCUUCACGGUGAUGCGCCUGCGGGACCUGCCCGACCAGAAGAUCUACACGCGCCAGGAGCUCUACCGGGCGCAGCCGCCGCACGUCCUGGAGCCGUCGGGCUUCCACACCGAGAACUCACUCGCUGUCUAUCAGGGCCUCGUCUACUACCUGCUCUGGCUGCACUCCAAAUACCACAAGCCUUAUGCCGACCCCGUGCACGACUCCACCUGGCGUUGGUGGAAGAACAAGAAACAGGACCAGGACUACUACUACUACCUGGUGAGCAACGGGAAGAGUGCGGGUAACGUGCACAUUGACAUGGCCAACUACAAAAAGAUCUACGACGUCAAGACUGAGUACCAGCUGCCGGAGCGCAUCUUCCUGGAUAAGGGCACCAGCUACAGCUUCUCCAUCUUCCUGACCUCCCGGGGCCACUCGAUCAAGAAUGAGCUGGAGCCAGGCAACCUCUUCCAGCUGCUGAGCCAGGUGGACCUGGGCGUGGUGCUGGCCGACCCCAGCUGCAUUGAGGCGGUGGUGAGGCAGCAGGUCCUUAUUAAACGCAACUCAGUGCUUUUCAGGGUUAUGCUCCGUGAUAGAAGUGUUUGCUUUGACCAGGGAAUUAGUGGCCAUCACCUCAUGAAGACGGCCAUGCUGGUCAAGGUGGCGGGGUCAGCUGGGCACUGCGUCCAGAACACGAUCCAGGGGCUCCGCAUGCAAGGUAACUUGAUGGUGCCAGUGCUUAUAGGCUGUCCACCGGGAAAGCGCCUGGCCUUUGACAUCACCUACACCCUGCAGUACAACAACCUACAGAACAGACACUAUUUUGACUGCGUUCACGUAGACCCCGAGAUGCCCUGCUUCCUCUUCCGUGACAUCUUCCACCCCUUCUUCUUGAUCCAAGAUUUGGUGACGGGAGAGUCUGGCAGUUUUGAGGGCAGCUAUGUACUGAAGGUGGUGGGUGGAGGUCCCACCCUGGACACCAUCAAGGAAUACAGCGAGGAGGAGAUUUACCGCUUCAACAGCCCCCUGGACAACACCUACAGCCUCAUCUGGACCACCAAGAACUCAACAGCUACCAAGGACUUGGCUUUCAACAUCAUGUCCCACAACAUGGGCAUUGAGUGGCUGUGUCUGGAGAACUCUCCAUGCCAUGACACCGUUCCCCAUAGCAUCUUCGCCCCCGAAUUCUUCUUCAAGGUGCUGGUGAGCAACAGAGGUGUGGACAAGAGCACAUACUGUGACUACCAGCUCACCUUCCUGCUACAUCUACACGGGCUUCCACUCAAUGCCAAGCGAGCCCUCUUCAUCCUCAUGGUGUCAACCAGUGUGUUUCUUGGCCUGGUGAUCCUCUACAUCAUCAUCUGCCUCUUGCUGCCCCUUAUGUUGAAGAUGUGCAAUACCCUCCGCUGGAAGAUCAACAACAUCAUGGCAUCAGAUUCCUACUAUUCCUACAGCUCCUCUUCUAUAGCCUUCAGCAGGUCAUCUGAGACCAGAUUUAGUGUUGACUCCAAAGUUGGCUCCAAGGUGGCAGUGAACAAGGCUGAACCUGAGGAAGCUGCGAAGAAGUCACUGACCUAGGCCGCUUACCUGCCCCAUCCACUCUCAUUCCUUCCUUCCUGGGCCAUCUUUGAAAUGCAACUGUCACCCAUCCCAAACCUGUCUCUCUGUUUUGCUUAAAUUUUCAUUUCUCUUUCAGACCACACAGCCACAUAGGUCAUUAAAAUACCAAAGUCCUUCUGUGCCAGCUGGUAAAUAGUGGCUUCUCUAUGUGCCUGCCGACUAAGCCCCGCCCCAGGGCGCCCAUGACCUCUCUACAGUCCAGCAGGGUCCUCCAUGACCCAGGCCCAUUGCUAUGG